UGGAUCCGGGGCAGGCGCAGCAUGGAGCCGGCGGCUGAGGGCGACGCAGAGAUGCUGGGGACACCAGACCCGGAGCUGGCGGCCACCAUGGGCUUCUCCGGCUUCGGGAAGAAGGCUCGAACUUUCGACCUCGAAGCUAUGUUUGAGCAAACGAGGAGAACUGCAGUGGAGAGGAGCAGGAAAGUCUUGGAGGCCCGUGAAAGAGAAAAAGAAGACCAGACUGAAAAGGAGUUCAGAAUUCCAUGCACUGACUCAUCAGCUUCAGCAUCCAGUGCAACAAGAGCUGGGCCCACAUUACCUGAAAGAGAGGUAGUGUAUAGUGAAAGUGAGGACAACUCAAAUGAAGCGCUAAGUGGUCCUUCCAUGCCAUCACAGAGUUCUGCUAAAGGUCCAACUGAGGAUACUGAUGAUGAUGAUGAUGAAGAAUUCAUUGGGCCACCACUUCCCCCUGGGUUCAAAGAUAGUGAUGAUGACAAUGACAAUGAUGAUACAGAGGAGGAAGAUAAUAACCCUGUCAAGAAAAUUCCAGAUUCUCAUGAAAUUACACUCCAACAUGGAACGAAGACAGUUUCUGCUUUGGGGUUGGAUCCUUCAGGUGCUCGUUUGAUAACUGGUGGAUAUGACUAUGAUGUAAAAUUUUGGGAUUUUGCUGGAAUGGAUGCCUCUCUCCAAGCUUUUCGGUCCCUCCAGCCUUGUGAAUGUCACCAAAUCAAAUCUUUACAGUAUAGCAGCACAGGAGAUGUCAUUCUCGUUGUCUCUGGUAACUCUCAGGCAAAAGUCCUUGACAGAGAUGGCUUCCCAGUAAUGGAAUGCAUAAAGGGAGACCAGUACAUUGUGGAUAUGACAAACACAAAGGGUCACACAGCAAUGCUCAAUUCAGGCUGUUGGCAUCCAAAGAUAAAGGAAGAAUUUUUGACAUGUUCUAAUGAUGGAACUGUGAGGACUUGGGAUGUUAACAAUGAAAAAAAGCACAAAAGUGUAUUUAAGCCACGAUCAGUUCAAGGUAAACGGGUGAUUCCUACAACUUGCACAUACAGCAGAGAUGGGAAACUUAUUGCAGCUGGCUGUCAAGAUGGUUCUAUCCAGAUCUGGGAUAGGAAUAUGAGUGUACAUACAAAGUUCCACUGCAGGCAAGCCCAUGCUUCAGGCACUGACACUUCGUGUUUGACGUUUUCCUAUGAUGGUACUGUCCUUGCCAGCCGGGGAGGAGAUGAUACUUUAAAGAUAUGGGAUAUUAGACAAUUUAAAAAGCCUCUUAAUUCAGCAGAUGGACUGCCCAGCUUCUUUCCGAUGACAGAUUGUUGUUUCAGCCCAGAUGAUAAAAUCCUUGUCACAGGCACUUCUGUUAAGAAAGGUGGUGGCAGUGGGAAGCUGUUUUUCUUUUAUCGUGAGACCUUCCAGAAGCUGUAUGAGAUAGAAGUUACAGAUGCAAGUGUCGUGCGUUGCCUUUGGCAUCCCAAGCUCAACCAGAUCAUGGUUGGUACUGGAAAUGGUUUAGCCAAAGUGUACUAUGAUCCUGUCAAAAGCCAGAGGGGAGCAAAAUUAUGCGUGGUCAAAACAAAACGAAAAGAGAGACAAGCAGAGACUCUCACGCAGGAUUACAUUAUAACACCCCAUGCGCUUCCGAUGUUCCGUGAACCACGACAACGAAGCACGAGGAAACAGCUGGAGAAGGAUAGGUUGGACCCCAUGAAGUCUCACAAACCUGAACCUCCAGUAGCAGGAGCAGGUCGUGGCGGCCGUGUUGGGACUCAUGGGGUCACCCUGUCAUCAUAUAUAGUCAAGAACAUUGCCUUGGACAAGACAGACGACAGCAACCCUCGAGAGGCCAUCUUACGUCACGCGAAGGAAGCAGAGGAGAAUCCAUACUGGGUGGCUCCAGCAUAUGCUAAAACACAGCCAAAAACAGUUUUUGCGGAAGUGGAACCAGAAGAUGAUGAAACAGACAAGCCAGAGUGGAAAAAACGUAAAAUUUGAAAAAUAAUGGCUUUAAAGAAUCAUUUUAGAGCAUUUGAAACGAAACGAGAUGUUUAUUUCUUUAUUUGGGAUAGUGGGUCAAAAUUUGAAAGCAAAAAUUACUUCAAUUUAUAAAACUUGCUGCAGUAUAAAAAAGGGCUUAUUGAAUUACACUGGCUUAAUCCCACAUCUGAAUUUUGUAAUAAGGAAUUACUUAUAUUGUGCAAAUAACUCCUCUAUGUCAGUUACUUAGCUUUGUGAGUUAAGUGAAAAAUAUUUCUUUAUAAAUAGUGAAUUCAUUAUAUUGCCAAAUGUUUUUCAUGACUGCCAACUUUACAAAUGCCGUGUCAUGACAGUGUUCAAUGAAUUCAAGUAUACAAAUAAAAUAGUACAAUUCUUCAGA